UGGCGAAGACUGCACGAACUACACACAAAGUCACUUCAGUUUUCAAUAGCACUAUAGUAUGCAUGAUAGUAUGUUUGAGGUUGUCUCCGAUACAGCAUACAAAGUUCUAGCGAGUCCUCAGCAACAGUUAGAAUUAAAUCGUAUACAUUUAAUCCAAAACAUUAGAUUUGCACUGAAAAAAAAAAUCAUCUUUAAUAUGUGUUAAGUUGUAAACUGUCUACACGCCUUUAAAUUCCUUCAACGUUUCAGUUGAAAUCGAACCACCGCGAAAAUGACGUUCCACCGCCAUUUGAUUGCCAUACAAUCUUCGCUGUCUAAGCAGACUGGCUUUUCGUCCAAAAUAGUGAGUUACUGGCUGGCCAGCAGCUUUCUAAUAACAAUCAUCUUCCUCUAUUAUUUGCUGCUGGCUUUCUGGGAUAACAAACUGCUCUUUCGUCAAAACCAGCAGUUCGCACCGAUUGGAAAUGUAUCCGGCCUGUCAGCUCCAUGCCAGCGUAAGAUUAUUAUUCUCUACUGGACGAAAUAUUUCACAUCCGUCGAUUUCGAAUACGGGCUCGGACGGACGCCAUUUUCCACCUGCGAUGAUAACCGAAUUGUUUGUCUGACGACGAUGGAUCGAGGCUUAGUCAACGAAAGCGACGCCGUCAUCUUCCACUCACGUGACCUGAGGGACAACGACUUACCUCCUCCCGGAUGGAGACUCCCGCACCAGCAUUACGUCUUCUUCAAUCACGAAUCGCCAGCGCACACCGAUCUGAACCUGUUGCGGCGUCCGGUGUUCCGGAAUUACUUCAACAGGACGAUGACUUACCGGCGGGACUCGGAUAUCGUCAGUCUCCAUCCGUACGGUCGACUCAAAUGCGUCGAUCCAUCGCCAUCCUGUUUGGAUUUCCCAAGAUUGAACGACCCGCCGGCUGAUGCUGAAGAAACUUCCGCAUCACUUCCGUUUGAAAUUGAUCUGAAAAUGAAGAAUAAAACGGUGGCCUGGAUGGUAUCCAAUUGCAAGACGGACAGCCGGCGUGAAUCGUUGGUCAGUCAUCUCUCACUUUUGAUUCCGGUUGAUGUUUACGGAUUCUGCGGAAACGGAAGUCACCAGUGUCCGAGUCGAGCCAAUUGCGAUCGAUUUCUCGGUCAGAAUUAUCGAUUCUAUCUGAGUUUCGAGAAUUCUUUGUGUCCGGAUUACAUCACGGAGAAGUUGUACCGACCCUUGGCCCACGGAGCGGUGCCGGUGGUUUACGGCGGAUCGGAUUAUUCGUUUUACCUUCCGGCCGGAUCGUAUGUCAACGCCAGGGAUUUUGACAGCCCGCAGAGUCUGGCGGAGCAUCUAAAGAAACUGAUGUCGGAUGACGAACUUUAUUCGAGUUACUUCGGCUGGCGGAAUCGAUUUACUGUCGAUCCGAAGCCCGUCGACGGAAUGUGCCAAUUGUGUCGGUUGUUAAGCGACAAGAAAACGGAAGAGAAAAUGUAUUCAGAUAUUGCCGAAUGGUGGCACGGAGGCAACCACACCUGUCUGACACCACCUCCAUCUCUUGUUUAAUCCGCUUAUUCUAAUUGCAUGUCUGAUAUGUUUCUUCCCUAUAAAACAAUUGAGAAAAUAUUUGUCCUCAAAACAGUUCAGUCAUUUCAAAAAUGUUUCAACUGUAAAAAUAAAAUCGGAGAUUUA